AUGGCCAAGAUGGCGACCUCCAUGUUGGAGAGUGGAGAAGACGCGUUUAAGAAAAUAUUCAAGUUUUACAAACGGAGGAACCCUCCACCGGACUACAGCGAAGUUAUUGACUUCUCCAAAGGAACACAGAGUGACAAGGUGUUUCCUCUUAAACUGGACUCUGCUGCAGUGUCUGCUGUGGAUGGUUCCAUGGUGGGUUUAAGACCAUCUGUGGAGUGGAGCGCCUACAGCCUGCAGGGGUUCCCAGGGUUCAUCUUCAUCUCGGACCCCUUCCUGGGGGGGGCCCAGUCCUUCUGGGUCAGACAGGCUCUGAAGUCGUACCCUCAGAAACCUAAUGUGUGUAACCUGGACCUGCACAUGGACCCCUCCCACACCCAGGACCUCUGGGCUCAGAGCGCUGACAGUCUGAGAGCUCCUCCUGCUGGGAAAAGGGAACCUAAGACUGUACUGGAGAGGCUGCGCUGGGUCACCCUGGGGUACCACUACAACUGGGAAACCAAGACCUACUCUGCGCACCAUGUGACUCCGUUCCCAGCUGAGCUCCACCUCCUGGCCAAUCAGGUGGCUUCAGCCUGUGGUUUCCCAGGAUUCAACGCUCAGGCUGGAAUCCUCAACUACUACAGGUCCGACUCGUCCCUGGGGAUCCACGUGGACCAGUCUGAACUGGACCACAGCAGACCACUGCUGUCAUUCAGUUUUGGACAGUCGGCCAUCUUCCUCCUGGGGGGUCUCCAGAGACAGGACCCCCCCACUGCCAUGUUCGUCCACAGCGGGGACGUCAUGGUCAUGUCCGGACCUAGUCGUCUUCUGUACCACGCCGUUCCUCGCAUCAUUGCCGCGGCACCAGGACGGCCGACGGCGGAUAGCGGGGGCGGUCCCCUCGGCCCCCCCCCAGAGUACAGCUCUGCCUUGGAACCUGUGUCCGAGCAGGACUGGACUGUGUGCUGCAGGUACCUGAGCGGGUCCAGGAUCAACAUGACCGUGAGACAGGUUCUAGGACCUGGAAAGAACUUCCCAGAACCCCCCACUGAAGAGGUCCACCCAGACCAGGACUACAACCCACCACAAGAAUCCCCCACUGAACAGGUCCACCCAGACCAGGACCACCAGUCCCCCCAAGAUGGAGCCAGCAGCAACAAGAAGAGGAAACAGGAGCCCUCAGCCUGUUUGGACUGAACACAUGUCACAACACUGGGACCUACUGGGACCCUUUGGUACCUUCUGUAGCCUUCUGGGACCCUCUCGGACCUUCUGGAACCCUAUGGGACCUACUGGGACCCUGUGGGAUUUAUUUAUAUUUAUACAAAUAAAAUCUAAUGAAAUAGAACUGACACUGAGUCCAUUUUCAUUCCAUAGACCAGGGGUCUACAACCCUGGUCCAGAUCUACUGUCCAACCCUGGUCCUGCACACCCUGGUCCUGCACACCCUCGUCCUGGUUCUGGUCCUGCAGAUCUUUUUCAAAUACGGGGGAACUGGAGAAUAAAGCUACGACGGAGUAUUAGGACCACAGAAGAAAAGAAAAUCACUGGUCACUAUGAGUAUAAAGUCAGAAAAUAUGGAGAUAAAACCUGGAACUUUAGGAGAAUGAAGACGUAGUUAUGAAAAAACCUCAUUGGUUUAUGAGAUUAAAGUCGUCAUAUUCCGACAAUAAAGCCAGAAUAUUAUCAGAAUAAUGUGUUAAUUUAAAAACAGCUGGUAUAAAUCUGCUAAUUUCCCAGAAUCCACUGGUGCCC